GUUGAUUCUCUCGUUUGCCUACGAGAAGCGACCUUUGCUGUUGGGUUCUCGUGACAAGGAGCAAGCGCCAUGGAGAGGAACGGUUCACGAAGUCGCCGGCGGUCUUCCGUUACCGUCGACGAUGAUACGGCCAGCCGCCGCCAUAACUUUUACCGACGCGAAUCCAACAUGAGCGAGGUUAGCUUCCUCAGCAAUGUCGGCAUGGCCAACGACGAAAUCUUCUCUGGGCCCAUGUCCGAGAGUGUGCCUACUGCCAACAGCUCCUUCGCCCACCGUCGUUCACGCGCAGACUCGACUACAAGCUUCACCUAUUACGACGAUCAGGACGAAGACCGGGAUAUUUCAGACGAAGAAUGGCUCCAAGAAGAAGCCAUCAUCGACGAAGAAGCCGAGAUUGAAGAAGGCCGCGCUGAUGCCGAGGACAGCCAUGCCUUUGCAGAGCCCGAGACCGAUCUGGAAUCAAAUGAGCGGCCUUCUCUACGCAGUCGCAAGUCUUCUGGUUACUCUCGCUCAUCAGCACACAGCCCUCUCCUGCGCCGCCGUCGCUCGUCGGAUACCGACAGAAGUGUGCGAAGUGGUUAUGGAUCUGGCGGAAGGAUGAGCCAGAAGAUCUACAUCCAGAACGAAGAUAUGACUAUCGUCGUUGCCGGCUUCAAGACUUCUGUCCUGGGUUACGCCAUCUAUCUGUGCAUUUCGAUCUGUACCCUUGGACUCGGCUAUCUUUUGUUCCGCUGGUUGCCACGAUGGCGCGUACGCUUGAUUGGUUCCUCUACUGCUCUGCACAAGUGUGACUGGUUGGUCAUCGAAAAUCAAUGGAACGAAAUGAUUGUUCAGCAGUUGAGCAAGCAAAGCUUCGACAUGCCUUUGUCUUCAGUCUUCGGAAUGCCGGGAAAGGGCAAGAUGCGCGAAUUCGACGAGUACAACGACCCAAUUCUGGACGAACUUCGCAUCAUGGACUAUCGCUACAUCCGUUUCUGCUUCCAUCCAUUCAAGGACAAGUUCAUUCUUGGAAACACCUGGCAAGACCCUGCAUGGACAGACGUAGUCCCCAUUAGAGCGGGUAUUGAUGGAGAAGAACAGGAGAAUCGCGAGCGCAUCUUCGGCAAGAACGUCAUUGACAUUGAGCAGAAGUCGAUUGGUCAGCUCCUUGUCGACGAGGCAUUGCAUCCGUUCUACAUCUUCCAAAUUGCUAGUUUGGUCCUCUGGUCUGUGGACGAGUACUAUUACUACGCCGCCUGUAUCUUCGUCAUUUCGCUCGUAAGUAUCGCUUCGACGUUGAUUGAAACAAGGGCGACUAUGGCGCGCCUCCGUGAGAUAUCGCGCUUCGAAUGCGACAUCCGUGUCCUCAGAAGCGGGUUCUGGCGUUAUGUUCAAUCCGGCGAUCUGGUUCCGGGCGAUGUCUACGAAAUUACGGAUCCCAAUCUUACACAAUUCCCCUGCGACAGUCUUCUACUUUCUGGUGAUUGCAUAGUCAACGAAAGCAUGCUUACUGGAGAAUCUGUCCCGGUCUCAAAGGUCCCAACUACCAAUGAAUCUCUAGAGCUUCUCGAUCUCAGUGCUUCUUCAAUCCAUCCUGAAGUUGCAAGAAAUUUCCUGUUCAGCGGCACCAAGAUCAUUCGCGCUCGCCGACCCCAAGAAGACAAAAGUGAUGAAGCCGCUGCUCUUGCCCUUGUCGUUCGCACUGGAUUCAACACUACGAAGGGAGCUUUGGUCCGCUCAAUGCUCUUCCCUAAGCCGUCUGGAUUCAAAUUCUACAGAGACUCUUUUCGUUAUAUCGCAGUGAUGGCAGGUAUUGCCAUGAUUGGCUUUGUUGCUUCGUUCAUCAAUUUUGUUCGUCUCGGCCUCGCCUGGCAUCUUAUCGUCGUCCGAGCUCUCGAUCUCAUCACCAUCGUCGUGCCUCCUGCGCUACCUGCCACCUUAACCAUCGGUACCAACUUUGCUCUGUCCAGACUGAAGAAGAAGUACAUCUUCUGUAUUAGUCCUCAGAGAGUAAAUGUCGGCGGCAAGCUCGAUGUGGUCUGCUUUGACAAGACAGGCACCUUGACUGAGGAUGGUCUCGACGUGUUGGGUACUCGAGUGGUCAAUCGACCAGCAAAUAGGUUCAGCGAUAUCCACACUGAUUCUACUGUUCUCCUACCCGGCGCCACCUACGAGCGCGACCCCACUGUUGACUAUAACGCGAACAAGGCGAUCUUGUACACCAUGGCCACCUGCCACUCUUUGCGGAUCGUCGACGAUGAAUUUGUUGGAGAUCCCCUAGAUCUCAAGAUGUUCCAGUUCACCGGAUGGCAAUAUGAAGAAGGAUCUGAACGACCGGGCGCGACUGAUGAAGACGAACAAAACUCUCUUUCGCCAUCUGUAGCCCGCCCCCCGCCUGGUAUGGAACUGGAUCUGGAUGAAGAUGAAACCUCGCCGAACAACAAACGACCUAUCGAACUCGGAGUGCUCAAGUCCUUCGAGUUCGUGUCUCAACUGAGGCGUGCGAGUGUUAUAGUCCGUCAAUUUGGAGACCCGAGUGGCAAUGUUUACGUCAAGGGUGCUCCUGAAUGUAUGAAGGAUAUCUGCCGUCCUGACAGCUUCCCUCCAGAUUACGAAGAACUUCUCAGCUACUACACCCAUCGCGGCUUCCGUGUCAUCGCUUGUGCCACCAAGCACAUUUUCAAGCUCAAUUGGUUGAAGGUGCAGAAGAUGAAGCGUGAAGAGGCUGAAUCGAACCUCGAAUUCGUUGGUUUCAUCAUCUUUGAGAACAAGCUCAAACCCUCUACCACUGGCAUCAUCGAGGAGCUUCGUGACGCCAACAUUCGUACUGUCAUGUGCACUGGAGACAAUAUUCUAACCGCCAUCAGUGUUGCUAGGGAGUGUAACCUGAUUGAUAGAUCUGCUCACUGUUUCGUGCCUCAUUUCGUCGAGGGCGAUUCUCGAACAGCGCUAUCUCGCUUGAGCUGGGAGAGUGUGGACAACCCAGCUUAUCAAUUGGAUGACAAUACUCUCAAACCUCUACCUCCGCCAGCCGAGCAUGACUCGUCUUUGCCGUAUGACGUUUCGAACCUCCGCAAUUACUCUAUUGCAGUCAGUGGUGAUGUGUUCCGAUGGCUCGUCGACUUCGCCUCGCCAAAGGUCCUUCGCGAGAUGCUAGUCUGUGGUCAAGUCUUUGCACGUAUGUCGCCCGACGAAAAGCACGAACUCGUGGAGAAGCUUCAGAGUAUCGAUUAUUGCUGUGGUUUCUGUGGUGAUGGUGCCAAUGACUGCGGUGCUCUCAAGGCAGCAGACGUGGGUAUCUCUCUUUCAGAGGCUGAGGCAUCAGUUGCUGCACCCUUCACUAGCCGUGUCUUCGACAUCUCAUGUGUUCCUGAGGUGAUACGGGAAGGACGCGGAGCUCUCGUUACGAGUUUCAGCUGCUUCAAGUACAUGUCCUUGUACUCUGCUAUUCAGUUCACUUCUGUGAGCUUCCUCUACGCUACUGCUUCAAACCUCGGAGACUUCCAGUUCUUGUUUAUAGAUCUGGCUCUCAUCCUUCCUAUCGCCAUCUUCAUGGGCUGGACGGGUCCAUACCCUGUGCUUUCUAAAAAGCGACCUACAGCCAGCUUGGUCUCCCGUAAGGUUCUUACUCCACUACUUGGUCAGAUCGUGAUUUGUGUCUUGACCCAGCUUGUCGGUUGGAAGGUUGUGCAACGUCAACCCUGGUACCAGCCACCUGUCCUGGACAAGGAACACUCGAACUCGGAGAACUCGCAGAACACAACCCUCUUCUUGAUCUCUUGCUUCCAGUACAUCCUUUCCGCCAUUGUUCUCAGUGUUGGUCCACCCUUCAGACAGUCAAUGACGCAAAAUCUCCCAUUCGUCAUUACCAUGGUAGUCGCAGUAGGCGUUUCUGCUUACAUGUUGUUCGACCCUGCUCCAUGGCUCGUCAGCUUGAUGGAGCUGACAGACAUGUCAACAAGCUUCCGCAUCUUCAUCCUGGUACUCGCAACCGGAGGAUUUGCUUGUUCAUACCUUGCCGAAAGGAUCGUGUUCCCUCCGCUUGCCAAAUGGAUUGGAAAGGCCAACGCCAAGCUACGUCCGAGCCACCAAAAGAAGAGAAAGGAGUACAAACUCAUUGCAGAGAGCAUGCGAAUCUGAAAGGCAGGAUCAUUCGCGGUCUCUCGAGUCUUCAUGAGACAAAUGGAUGAACAUACUCGUGGCUCCGUUUUAUAGAGUUGAUAUAAAUAAACGCGCAUAGCAUUUGAAUUUUGAAAUCCUGAGCA